GCUGCAUGGUAAACCUCACGGUCAUUUUCUUGGAACAAUCAACGAGAUAACUAAGGCUAUAUAUCCAUGUAUGUAAGAUGUGUGCUUUGGAGCCUCACCUACAAUAGACCUGCACACCAUGAGCCUUCUCCUAGCCUUGGUACAGCUUAUGUUGCUUCUUGCCUUGCCAGAUCUUUCUUGCGCCUCGAAUUCUACACAGUCGCCACUGGAUCGGCAAGCUGAGGCACUCCUCCAAUGGAAAUCUGGCCUAUUCAGAACAGGGACCCAACUGGAAUCAUGGACAAAGGAAACCAGCCCCUGCAACUGGACUGGCGUUAAGUGCAACACCAUGUUGCCUCGUGGCCGUGAUUCUGCCCUAGUUGUGUCGGAAAUUUGGCUUUCGUGGGGCCUCCUGAAUGGCACGUUGGACAGGCUCAACUUUGGGGACUUCUCCCAUCUUAUGUACCUGGGCCUCAAUCACAACUCUCUCUCAGGCUCAAUCCCGUCAUCCAUUGGUCGUCUUGCCGAGCUCGUGUACUUGGAUCUAUCCUACAAUGACCUCAGUGGAUCUAUCCCACGAUUCAUAGGCUUGCGUCAUCUUGUCCAUCUCGACCUCAUGGACAACGCUAUCUCUGGCCGAAUCCCAUCAAACAUUGGUGUUCUUGCAAAGCUCGAAUAUUUGGAUCUAUCCUUUAAUCUUCUUGAUGGAUCUAUCCCACCAUCUAUAGGUAAUUGUACACAAAUAUCCUCCCUCAAUCUCUCUCACAAUCAAAUAAAUGGUUCCAUUCCUUCGACCUUCUCAAAAAUGAUCUUUCUGACAACACUUGCACUUGAGUCCAAUCAGCUUAAUGGCAUACUACUACCAGGGUUAGGAUCUCUUGUUCUUCUGUCACGUCUGCACCUAAGUAGCAAUCAAUUUUUAGGAGGCAUUCCACCUGAGAUAGGACACUGUCACUCUUUAUUGUCGAUACUCAUAUCAGACAACUUACUGACAGGGGAAAUACCACAAGAACUUGGGCAUCUUACCAGCCUAUAUGAGCUGGAUUUGAGUAGAAAUAGUCUAAGUGGUGCUAUCCCAGGGAAUCUUUCUAUGCUACACAAUCUGCACGACCUGAAUUUAUCAUAUAACAGUUUGACUGGCAGAGUUCGGUAUACAACUAUCCCUGCAUCAGUGACCACUCUUUCACUUGACCAUAAUAAGGCUCUAUGCGGCGAGUCACAAUAUAAAUUGAGUCCAUGUGAAUCACCAAAGCUUGGCAGAAAACAAGAAAGUAUUAAACGCCCAAAUUUGAUGUUACUUCUUGCUUUUGUUACUCCCCUUUCCUUCGUUUGCCUCACAAUAGCAAGCAUGGUGGUUGUUUGCCGGAGAAGAAAAUCAAUAAAAAGUAGCAUCAAAAACCAGUCUGGAGACAUACUUUCCAUAUGGAAUUUCGAUGGGAAGAUCGCAUUCGAAGACAUAAUCAGUGCAACAGAAAAUUUCGAUGAGAAAUACUGCAUCGGCGUUGGGGGAUAUGGAUCUGUCUUCAAGGUUGAGCUUGACAGCGGGUUUAUCUUUGCUGUCAAACUCCUCCAUUUAAUGGAAGAUAACAGUGACGAGGGAACAUUUCACGCCGAGAUUGAAGUGCUGACGAAAAUCAGGCACCGAUGCAUAGUCAAUCUGUAUGGCUUCUGUUCCCAUUCCCACUGCAAAUUCCUUGUGUAUGAUCUUAUCGAGAGGGGAAGUUUAUCGUCCAUUCUGCACGAGCAAGAGCUAGCAAAGGAACUGGAUUGGCCCAGGAGAGUCGCUGUCGUGAGGGACGUAGCUCAAGCUCUCUCUUACUUGCACCAUGAUUGUGAUGAUCCGAUUGUGCAUCGUGACAUAAAAAGCAGCAAUAUUCUUCUGGACCUCGAUUACAAAGCUUAUGUCUCGGACUUUGGCAUGGCGAGGAAGCUCAAGAACGGUUACUCAAACUGGAGCAUUAUCUUUGCCGGUACAUGUGGCUACAUAGCCCCAGAAUUAUCAUCCACUAUGGUGUUAACUGAGAAGUGCGACGUGUACAGCUUCGGCGUGGUUGCGCUGGAAGUUGUUAUGGGAAAGCACCCAGGUGAUCUACUCCUCCCCUUCUUUUGCCGAACAGAGCAGCCGGUAAAGCUCAAGGACGUCCUGGAUCAACGCAUUGCAGCACCGUUGAGCAUCGACGAGGAGAAGGCUGUCAUUUUGGUUGCUCUGGUUGCUUUUGCUUGCCUGCAAGUCAACCCAAAAGCCCGGCCGACAAUGCAGCAGGUAUAUCAAGCGCUCUCAAAUAGAAGCCACAUAGCGCUCAGGCCCCUUCAUGAAAUCAGGCUGCAAGAUUUGCAUGAUUACUGUGGCAGCAUAAAGAGUAUCUGAAGUUGUAUAUAUGAUCUCCUGGGUUGGCAGUUAUAUAUUUUCCCUCAAAAUUUGUAUCCACUAUUGGAUACAAAAAUAUAACGUCCCCUUUAUGUCUACAUCUUCAUUCAGUUGAAGCAGGUGUAAGUGCGAUCACAUAUUUUCCAGCCGGUCAUGUUUUGAAUUGUUAAAACUGAGUUCAUGAAUCUAUUUUUAGA